UGACAAGUCGUCAGGUUGUAAAACUUAGAUUAGAAAUUAGGAAUUCGUUUACGCGAACCCAACCCAAAGUGCAGUUUGCAGUUUUGUAUAGUUUGUAUGAGUUUUUAGGUUGUUUUUUACAAUAUUUUGAUAGUUAAGUACUUGAUAUGCAGACCAUUAAGUGCGUAGUGGUUGGGGAUGGAGCCGUGGGUAAAACCUGUUUAUUAAUUAGCUAUACUACAAAUAAAUUUCCUUCCGAGUAUGUUCCGACAGUCUUCGAUAAUUAUGCCGUUACUGUUAUGAUAGGUGGCGAGCCGUACACUUUAGGCUUAUUUGAUACAGCAGGUCAGGAAGAUUACGACAGACUUCGUCCUUUGAGCUAUCCUCAAACUGAUGUCUUCUUAGUAUGUUUUUCAGUCGUUAGCCCGUCUUCUUUUGAAAAUGUUAAAGAAAAGUGGGUACCAGAGAUCACGCAUCAUUGCCAGAAGACCCCUUUCUUACUAGUUGGAACUCAGGUAGAUCUUCGCGAUGACGGGGCCACGAUAGAGAAAUUAGCUAAAAAUAAACAAAAACCUAUAUCAAUCGAGCAAGGUGAAAAAUUGGCCAAAGAACUGAAAGCGGUCAAAUACGUGGAGUGCUCCGCCUUAACGCAAAAGGGACUGAAGAACGUGUUCGACGAGGCCAUCCUUGCGGCCCUGGAACCUCCGGAGCCGGUCAAACGUAAAAAGUGCAUCAUUUUGUAAAUCGAUUACGUCUCCAUUACCUUCAGAUUUAUCAAAAAAAAAGUAUUUCUCUUAAACAAAAGGAUCGUAAGAGAUCCAGUGGGACAAUUUUUUAUAUUCUUAUCGAGAAAACAAAAAGAGUAGAGCUUCGAGUCAAAUCAUAUUUUAUUUCUUCCAGUAUGCUCAAAAAAAAUAAUUCGUAAAGGAAUUGAAAUUAUUUGACGAGAGUGACAGAAUCAAGACCAGAGGCUUCCUUAUGCCCGGCAGUAGAUUGUUUCUUUUUUGUUGUAGAACAAAAAAAUUUAACAGAAAAAAUGUAUUUAGUAAGAGCGAUGAUCUCUCAUUCUCGUCUGUGUAAAUAAUUUUUGAUAAAAAUUUCUUAUUUUAUGCGCGAUAAUUUUCUGUCUCAUAUCAAUUCUUGUCGUUUCCAAACUGUUUGCUUCGAAAAGGCAAAAGAAAUUUAAAAUCAUUUUUUGCACAAGCUUGUACGAAGCGAACAUCGACGGAAACGAAAUGAACAUUUUUUUAAUGGAGUAAUUGUUUUAAAUGUAUUGCGGUUGAGGAUUCUUUUUUUAAUAUUAACGCUUCAUUUUCUACCAGUUAGGUUUUUCGUUUUAGGUUUCAUUUUGUGUAAAAAUGGUGCUAACAUUUUUAAAAAGGGGACAAAUAUAUUUAAAACAAUUGAUCUUAUUACAGGGCCUCUAAAAAAAUUCUAAUUUAUUUAAUUAACCAGUCGUAAAUUGCAAGAAAGUGUAUUAUUGUACCGUAUUGUAAACAUUUUUUUAGGUUCCCUGUAGUAGUAAUCUCAGCUAGAUAAUGAAUAUGUGGUUGAGUAAUUUUUUACGCUAGAAUAUAAUAUUGUAAAUAUAUAAUAUUUGGAAGGAUGGUCUUGAGCGAGUGUGAUGAUAAGUUGUAUUUUAUUUAUCUGCAUUUACAUUUAAAUUUCGUAAAUUAAAAAUUAAUUAUUUUCAGAUUACUUUAGUUAUGUACUAAUUUAGAUUAUGUGUGUUACUACUUUAAUCGGAAUAUCAAUCCAUCCAUCUUUAUGCAAUUAUAUAGCUUAAUUUCCUUAAUUCUUCCGGGUUAUAUUUUUGCUAAAAUUUAAACUAAAGCAUAGAAGAACAAAUUAUAGUUAUUCGUAUUUCCAUUAUCGAAUUAAAUAAAAACUGGCUCGAUAUUCCAGAUGAUUAUGUAACGGUGUGUACAAAAUUUUUGAAUGUUGUAUAAUCUAAGUAUUCUACUAUGGAGUUAUUUAAUACAAGAAAUAAACAUUUAUAUGAAACCGAAUUUUGUGUGGGGACGCAAAUAAAACUAGUCCUGUUUAUUUCCAAAAAAAUAUAUAUUACAGAACAAUUUUUGUUUCUACAAUAAUUGCGGUUAAAGCAUAAUGGUUUAUAAUAUAUUAAAUCUAUAUAAUAAAACUUUCACACCUAGUGCUGACGGAAAUUUAGUACCCUUCAAAUAUGUAUAAUGCUGUACCUAUAAUAGUAUAAAUUGAUACUGAAAAACCAUUACUUUCCUAAUUUAGUGUUUUUUUUUAAGUAAAAACGAUAGUCUAAACACUAUUCAAAUGUAAUUGCUAAAAAUUACAUAUUUUUUAAUAAUGUAAAUGUUGCCUAGUUCAAGCUGAAUUCCGCAAAAUACAAAAUUCACCACCGGCAAAACAACCGUCCCAAAAUAUUCUAUCCCAUAAUGACUGUAAUAUUUUCUUAAAUUCCCUAUUAGUAGUGAUGAAUUGCAUACUUUGCUAAUAAAUAAUUUUAGAAAUUUAAUAUAUCUGUAAAAGUUAAAUAUACAAUAUAAAUCUAAAAUUAUUCGUAAUUAACUCGCUAUACAAUAAACAUUUAAAAAUCUCACAACUUGCAAUUGGUCAUAUAAAAAUUUCUGAUUUUCAAUUGGAAAAAUAAAAUUAGCUAAAAACCAUUUUGAUUUCCAACAGGUUGAUAAAACUGCUAAUAAUAAUUUCUAAAUUUCAACAAUACAAAAUUGAAGCAGCCCUUUUUACUAGCGGUUCACGAAAAAAAAA